UUUAACACGCCCAUGCUCAGCUGUUCAGGAGUCGUUCUCAACGAAAAGUGGCCCAAAAAGAGGAAGAACAGCACGAAUAUUGGUGCUACAGGAGCUUACAACUGGAUGCAUUGUGUAUGUGUUUGUAGAGGAGGAUAAAAUGGCUUCGGACGCAGUUUAUUCGCAUAAAGACCCGAUGCUGAAGAAAAGAGAUGACUUUGAGGACAUUUUGGAGGAGAGGAGGACGUCCAGCGACCUGCGAUACGCUCUCAGAUGUUACACGCCGGUUCUGUACAAAGGCGUGACGCCCUGUAAAGCCGGCGUGCUGAAGAGCAUGGUGCUGCAGUCCGAUCAGCUGCUCUACGUCAUCAAUCAGGUCUCCAAAGAGUCGGGCAGGGCUGCUGACGAUGUCCGGGAGGAGGCGUCGGCCAUCCUGGAGGAGAUGGCUCACUCUCUGCAGCUCAGCACCGUUCGCUUCUUUGCCUUCACGCUCAGCAAAGUCUUUAAAACCUUGUUCAGGAGCAUCUGUGUGAACGAGGAGGGCAUCCAGAGGCUCCAACAGGCCAUUCAGGAGCACCCGGUGGUCCUGCUACCCAGCCACCGUAGCUACAUGGACUUCCUGCUGAUGUCAUACAUCCUGUACACCUACGACCUGGCUCUGCCUGUCAUCGCUGCCGGCAUGGACUUCAUGGGGAUGAAGUUUGUCGGGGAGAUGCUGCGGAUGUCUGGAGCUUUCUUCAUCCGGAGGUCGUUUGGUGGAGACAAACUGUACUGGUCUGUCUUCUCGGAGUACGUCAAGACCAUGCUGAAGAAUGGAUAUGCACCAGUUGAAUUUUUCCUUGAGGGGACCAGGAGUCGAACUUCUAAGUCUUUGACUCCAAAGUUGGGUCUGCUGAAUAUCGUCAUGGAUCCGUUCCUUAAAGGGGAGGUGUUUGACGUCAGCGUGGUCCCCGUCAGUAUCAGCUAUGAGAGGAUCUUGGAGGAGUCGCUUUAUGCCAGAGAACUUCUGGGUGUACCCAAACCCAAAGAGUCCACUUCAGGUCUGUUUAAAGCCAGAAAGGUCCUCAGUGAAGACUACGGCAGCAUCCAUGUGUACUUCGGUCAACCCGUGUCUGUCAGGAGUUUAGCUGAGGGCAGAGUUAACCGCUGCCAGUUCAACCUGGUACCGAGACACGUCCCCAGGAGGCCCAGCGAGGAGAUCCAGAGCUUCGUGAACGACUCGGCCUACAGGCUGGUGAGGGCCCAGGAGGAGAACAUGGUCCUGAAGCCGUGGGUCCUCCUGGCCUCCCUGCUGCUCCAGAACCACCACCAGAACCGGGCGGUGGGGCAGAAACCAGGGAUGGCGCUGGACGAGCUGACGGCUCAGGCCAUGUGGCUCAGGGACGUUUCCCGGCAGUACGGAGCCUUCCUGCACUGGCACGACCACACGUCUCCAUCAGAGGUAGUUUCCUCCAGUCUUUCCCUGCACCGAGGUUUAGUGAGGGUCUGUGAGGGCAGAAUCCAGCUGGCAGUGGAACAAGGAGGACAAAGCGGACCGGGGGAUCCUCUCAGCACCGCCACCCCAGAAGAGGAGCUCUUUAGCCAGGCAGUCGUCAUUCUCUCCUGUGCCUCCUACAGGAACCAGACGCUGCACGUCUUCGUCCGACCGGCUCUGCUGGCCUCGGCCAUCCACAUCGCCUCCUCCAACCAGAAACAGGAAGUCUUCAACAGUUUCAGCUUCCUCAGAAACAUGUUCUCCAGUGAGUUCAUCCUCUGUCCUGGUGCUACGGUGCAGGACUUCGAGGAGGCCUGUUACCUGCUGGUGAAGACCGGAGUUCUGCAGGUUACCCAGCAGGAGGUUCUGGUAACAGAAAGAGGACACAGGAUGCUGGCCUUCCUCACCAGCAUGCUAGAUCCCUUCUUACAGGGAUACCAGGUGGUUUGCAGGUUCCUGUGUGAGGAGGACACUGAGACUCUGACAGAAAAACUGUUUAUUCCUGCCAUCCGCAAGUUCAUCGUCAACCAUCUUUUAGCAGGUAGGCUAAGAUACACUGAGGUGUUGUCGUCCGACCUCCAAAAGAACGCUCUGGCAGCUUUGCAAAGACUGGGAGCUGUACGGAAAAUCAAAGGAGUGGAGCCGGGGACUUUAAAGGUCAACAGGGUGAUGGUGAACUCGCUGGAAGACACUUUAGGAGGAAAACUCCCCACUCAGAAGUCUGUCUCCGCCCGCCUCUAAUUCAGCUUUAUUAGGGCACUGAAGAAUCUUUUUACCUGCGGCGACGUCUCAGCUCUUCCUGGUCGAUCUCCAACCCGACUGCUUUCUAUGAGAGAUGGAACAAAAGAGUUUCCAUCAGGAGACGAGCUCAACCCCCGUUUUUUUUAUUCCCUUCUUUAAUUUCACUUUCUCUCUGACUAAAAACCUUUUUCUAUAUAUAUUAUAUAUUGUAUUAUAUACGGUGUGCUCAUGAGACCAGAGGCUCAGUAAGGCCUUUGAAGGUAUAUUGCUGAGCUCUUUGGCUCAGUCUGAAUAACUGACCUUUUGCUAUGAGCAGCCUUGUGAAAGCUUCUGAAUGUGCCAGCUCCACUCAGGAUGGCGGCCAUUCUCCAUUAAUGCAUUUGAUACCAACCCACUAACACUACUGCUUUGUGUUAUUUUCAGUCGGCUUUUUCAUCCGAGCUUCAGUCCGUCUCUGUUUAUCACCUGUUACUCUCUUUUUUUUUGAGCACUUUAAUGAAUUUAUUCAUGCAGUGUGGUGUGGACCUAUAUCUUCAGUCUUUUUCACUUUUUCCUCAUUUUGUUUUUGUGUGAAAUGAAAGUUGCUGAAAUGGGUGGAUGGUUACAUAUUUUAGCGUUGGGUAAAAACUAGGGAUGCACUAUAUAUGGAUUGUUAAUUACCUGCUUCCUGUGGCCAAUAAAGAUAGCUGAUGAUUUAACAUUUUUAUAUUUUAAAAAAUAAGUUUGUAACCUGUAGUUUUUACACACUUGAUGGCAAGAGAUGAAGGAAUUAUUAUUCCAUAGUUAUAGCUAUAAUUUAAUUAUCCCAAUAAUUCAUAAUCAUUUUAAUUUUCCCAUAAUCGGACGCUUAUUUAUCUGCCCUGAUAAUUAUUGUGCAUCCCUAGUUGCGGUCUGAAUGACGGAGGUUAUAUAUAUAUUUAAGUAGUGGACCUAUAUCUUCACUGUUUCUGAAAUGGGUGGAUAAGAAGAUUUGGAUGGUGACAUAUGUUAGCAUUUGGUAAAUUAGUUUUUUUGCACUGUAUGAAUGAAAGAGUUUAUAUAUUUGAGUUGAACUUGCCACAAACCCAAGGCCUACUUUAAAGAUUAGCUUGUGCCAGGUGUCACUGUUGGAUUUAAAGCGCCUGUAGCAAACACUCGGGGCUUCACGAACAAGCAGUACAGUCGUCUUUGUUUACACAGUUGAGAUAAUGCUGCGAGUCCAACGCCAGUGUCGCAAAGUUGCCAAACUCUGUUUAAAACUGCAGGUAGUUUAACUGAAGCACUACCAGCUACACCAAAGGAACACGUUUGAAUUAUUUGUUCACUGUUGGAGAUCAUUUACAUAUUUUCUCAUGUUCUCAAGUUUAGAAUAUAGUUGGCGACGUUGCUUCAAAGUUACUGAUUCAGAAUAUAUUACAGUUGUUUAAUAUUCUGGAUUUAUUUAUAUUCAAAGCGAUGCACACUUUAUGUAAUUUUGUUACAAGGGAAGAAAUAAAAUAAGAGCAGUAGACAAACUAAGAGGGACAAUACUAAUAAAAUGUCUCUGAAGGACAAGAAUAACGGGUCAGGAGCUUUAAACAAGAGGCCAACGGGUGAUUUCUUUUUUUUUCUUAGACUCAGGAUUACCUACUUCGCUCACGUUGUUCAAAAGGGUGUCAUUUUUAUCAAAUUUUCCAAAUUAGAUUAGUUGAAAAGAAGCUAUUUAUUUGGUAGUUAAUUAGAAGUGUUAUUAUAUUGACCUUGACUUCCCACUUCAGUGUUGGCGGCAGAUUGUAGUUUUUACAGAAACGAGUUGAACCUCAUGUUCCAAACCAAACAGCUGCAGGCUCGCUGGCACUUCAGGUACAAUUAGUUUCAAGUUUUUUUGGUGCCAAUAUGAUGCUUGAGAUUCUGUGACAGUAUGAACAUACUGUAAUACUAUUUUUUUUUUUUUUUUUAUCCCUCUGAGGAAUACAAACCCAUUUUUCUGUUCAACAAAAAAGCCAAAUUUCUCAUAAAAUUUCAUUUAAAAUUACAUGGUGUUACAGACACAGUAUUGCGGUUCAAUACUGGAAUUUUGUCCUAUCUUGUGAAAAACAUGCGCUGAAACCAACAGGUUAGCCUCAAAUUCUUCUGUUACAAUGUAAAACUAGUCUCAGCUCUCUGGAAGUCAGUUCUCUAUCAGUGAAUCUCCACAUAUGCUUCAGAAUAACGCGCUACUCGUUACGUUUGGGUCACGUUGGUUGGUUCAUAUGCUAGCAUAAUAUAAAAGGGCAAUGAUGGUGCAAACAAAAAGUAAUAAAAGUUUGGAUGAUAUAAUGAUUUAAUUUGUAUUCACGCAGCCACAACGGCUAAAAUAAAACUAUUUUUUUCCUCCAGUAGGGGGCAGCUGAGCCAAAGAGAACAAAUGGGCUGUUAGCUUGUGUAACUUCGGCCCGGCCUUGUGCACGUCUUUGCAGCUAUACUGAGUCGUUUAACUUGAAGUUCGGCUUAUUUUCCAUUUUUAAACCACCAAACACAAACUUUUACACUCCAAAAUCAUAAAUAACUACAUAUU